ACGACAUGGUCGACGACAUGGUCGUGGAAUAUUUCUGCGUUUGGAUUUUCUUGCUUUUUGGGAUUAUAAAAGGAAAUACAGUCUGCAAAGAUUUAGAGUAUCUCAAAUGYCUCAAAGACAAAGCACUAAUAGGUCACGUGAUAAGGAGCUUCAAYACGAUCAGCGUGGAUGAGUGUCAAACAAACUGCUACAUGCARAGSGAUUGCGUGUCGUACAACUUGGGUCCAGUCAAAGGGCCCGUAAGACUGUGUGAGCUGAAUAGAUAUGAUCACUCGACGUCCCUUUCACUCCUCAAAAUCAGCGACAAGCCAGGUUACGAAUAUUGCCCUAUAAAGAAUCCCUGUUCAUCUAACCCUUGCACUGGACCUAAGCUUUGUAAACCGAGCCUCGAUUGGUUGUCUUUUAUUUGUUGGGAGGGCAUAUGGGAAUCCUGGGGGGGAUGGGUGCAUUGCCCAUGCCCUAAAAGACGUACACGAGUCUGUCGAAAUCCACUGUCAAAUGGAGCAGCGUCCGAUUGUCCUGGUUCAAAUCAAGAAACAAAACCAUGUACACAUCUUUCAGCGUUCACAAUAGACGUCGUGGAUCUUUUUGUUUUGUUUCUUGGAAUACAUCCCACUAGAAGUGAAUYACGAUUCACUGAUCCCAUUCUGUUUGAUUUGUAUCGCGGUCACAAAUUGAACUUACCAAAUUCAGCCAAAACCCAGUCAACUAAAGCCAAAAACAUGAUGGGAUGUUUGUCCAACUGUGUGUCGGUCGACUGGUGUAAGUCGGUGAAUCUAAACACCAAGCCUGGAGAAGAUGGUCUUCGUCUAUGUGAGCUUCUUUCCUCUGAUCGAUUAAAAAACUCGGACGGCUUAAAAAAGAACGACAUAUACGAUUACUUAAAUUUCAAGACUCCUUGUGAUGUCUUUAAUGGGAAGCCAUGCAUUCAUGGAGGCGAGUGUUUCUUGAAAGACGGUAAUUAUACGUGUAAGUGCUACGGAAAGUUUUCAGGAGAUGUUUGUGAGAUAGGUUGCGAUGGUCCUCUAGGAAUGAGUGAUGGACGAAUUCCAGACCAAAAUAUUAGCGCUUCUUCAAUGUUUACCGAUCCAAAUUGCUUUCCAACGAACGCUCGUCUAAACAGAGGAAAUAACAGGGCGUGGUGUUCUCAAGCGAAUUUUAGAUUAGGCGAAGAAUAUAUACAGAUUGAUCUAGGGGUAGUUACAAAGGUCACAAAGGUAGCUACUCAAGGUCGUUCGAUAUUCCUCCAGUGGGUUACCAAGUACAGUCUGUCCUACAGCAACGAUGGGACCUUGUGGAACCAAUACAACGGCACAAGACUCCAUUGCGUCAAGACUCCUUGUGAUAUCUUUAAUGGUAAGCCAUGCAUUCAUGGCGGCGAGUGUACCUUGAGAGACGGCAAUUAUACGUGUUGCGAUGGCCCUCUGGGAAUGAGUGAUGGACGAAUUCCAGACCAAAAUAUUAGUGCUUCCUCAAGUAAUACCGAUCCUAAAUGCCAACCACAGAACGGCCGUCUAAACAAAGGAAAUAACAGAGCGUGGUGUGCUGAACCAAAUUUUCGAUUAGGUAAAGAAUAUCUAGAGAUUGAUCUAGAGGUAGUUACAAAGGUCACAAAGGGAGCUACUCAAGGUCGUUCGACCUACUCCCAGUGGGUUACCAAGUACAGUCUGUCCUACAGCAACGAUGGGACCUCGUGGAACCAAUACAAUGACUGCACAAAGCUCCAUUCCAUAAAGAUUUUCAGUGGAAACAUAAACGAAGAAGGCGUGGUGACUAAUGAUCUUCCCAUUCCAAUCACGGCAAGGUAUAUCAGGAUAAUACCAUUGGGUUACCAUGGCUACAUGUCGAUGAGACUGGAGCUGUAUGGGUGUUAAAACCUUAUUCCACGCCAUGACCACAACUUCAAAAGCAGUCCUUGUCCUUGUCGUUUUGAUAAAUAUGUGUUCUCAAUACCCAAAGAGAUCAAAAUUCUUUUAGUCUUUACACCAGCAGCACAAUAGCACCGGUUUUGACGUCAUAUCCAAGAGGUCCAUAUAAGGAUAUAUGUUAGUAGGACGA